CUCUCUCAAAACCUAUCACUCGUGCUCAGGUGUUCCGGAUACAACAGAAGAAGAGCUUUUUUAAAGAGGGAGAACCGCAGCUGAUCCAGCUUUAUCCCCCCCUUCGCAAUGGCGGGCAUUGUACGUUUCCGGCGAUACCGGCCCUUGUUGUUGCUUGCGGUUAUCACGGUUGUCGUUUUUAUCCAUUUCACCUCUUUCAAAGAUACCAGUGCUUCCUUCUCGGUUGAUCCACUGAAGCCCCAUCCUGAAACAACGCUUGACCAGAAACCAGUGGGAGAGCAAAAACCGAAACCACCCCCAGUUGUGCCGACUCCUCCCAUUGAGAAGCCUUCACCCAAGCCUCAUACGCAAGCUACAGCCAGCUCGAAGGAUCUCAAGCCGAGCAAAUCUUCGGUGAAUGCUUCGGUACCGUCUAAGCACACAGUUAAGGAAUUCGCGGCUCCCACUAUUCCAUCUGUUAAGCAUCAUGAUCACAGCACCGAAACUGCAAAGGCUAUUCCUGCUACUGAAGAUGAUCGAUGGGUCAAGUCACCGGAACACUUCCCUGUCCCUUCGGAAUCAAUUAUCCCAUUGCCGACCCCCCAGACAGGGAGGAUUCCCCAAAUACAGGCCUCUUUUGGUACUGAAAGUGAAACCAAGCGCAGGGUUCGUAUUGAGCGUCUGGAGGCUGUCAAGGAUGCUUUCAAGCGCUCAUGGAGUGGAUACAAGGAGUAUGCUUGGGGCCACGACGAGCUUAUGCCCGUGAGUAAAUAUUUCAAAGACCCCUUUGGUGGCUGGGGGGCAACCUUGGUGGAUUCUCUGGACACUUUAUGGAUCAUGGGUAUGGAAGACGAGUUCAUAGAGGCAGUUGAUGAGGUGGCCAACAUUGAUUUCACUACUACAUCUAUGGCCUCAAUUCCCGUUUUUGAAACUGUCAUUCGGUAUCUCGGAGGUCUGAUUGCCGCAUACGAUGUUUCCGGUGCAAAGCAUCAGAGCCUACUUACUAAGGCAAUCGAACUGGGUGAUAUGAUAUAUGGUGCCUUUGAUACUCCGAAUCGAAUGCCAGUACUGCAUUGGGGGUUCAGACCGUACGUAGUUAAUUGUUCCCUGCAGUAGCAUCAUUGGCUUAUUCCUUUACAGGAGGCAAACAGCUGUAGAAGUUCGUGCAGACAUAAGGUCUGUUUCCGCAGAACUCGGCUCCUUGACUGUCGAGUUUACACGCCUGGCCCAGAUAACCGGCAAUAGUACUUAUUAUGAUGCGGUACAACGCAUCACAAAUGCGCUGGAAGAGUCCCAAAAUGAAUCCAAUCUUCCAGGAAUGUGGCCAAUGAUUAUUGACGCUUCUGGAUGCAAGGUUGUCAGGCCUAGCCCCCAACAAAGGAGCGUGGCCCCCGCAGCACCUCUACUAAAAGACGGCACACAUGCUGUAAACAAGCCCGGGGGCGAAAAGACAGGUGGGGUUUCAGUUGUUGGAAAAGAAAGAGAAAAGCGGGCCGAAAGGGAUACGAGGACUGCCACAGCGAAGGGAGGUCAAACCGGGGCAAAGGCCCCGGAGGCGUUAGCUACUUGUUUACCACAAGGGCUAACAAACCCAUCCUACCAGAGAGAGGAAAAGUUUACGUUGGGGGGCAUGGCUGAUUCAUUGUAUGAGUACUUGAUUAAGGUAAUACUCGUCCAAGGCUGGGCAUUAUUGAGGUAAAGCCUAUUCUGACGCACUGGGUUUGUAGGAAUACAUUCUAUUAGGUGGAAAAAAUCAAUACAAGAGGAUGUACGAGGCCGUAGUUGAGGUUGCAAAGGAGUAUCUCUUUUACCGACCUUACGCAGCUGGGGAUCCUGAUAUCCUUCUCACUGGGAAUGUUCUUGUGUCCCCCGGUGUAGAGCCCCGUUUUGAUGGAGACACGGGCCAUUUGGUGAUUUCUCUUAUCUGGGGCUGCUCUGAGGCUUGGCUAAUAUAUUAUCUAGAGUUGUUUUGUUGGUGGCAUGUUGGCCCUGGGAGCCAGGGCACUCGACCGUGAUGACGACCUCAAGUUAGCUGCUAAGAUUACAGACGGCUGUGUUUGGGCCUAUGGUGCCUUCCCUACAGGGAUUAUGCCAGAGUGGUUUCGAGUUGCCCCAUGCAACAAGACUGCAACAGAGUGCCGAUUCGACACAGAGCUGUACCAUGAUAUGCUGGUCCCAGAUUACCUACGGCCUACAAAGCUGUCCACAGUGGAACCCCAUCAACACCCUAAGAGGGCCCCAACCGAGGCACCAAAGUCAGUGUCUGAGAUUGCGCAUAAUAUAAUCAGCGCAGAAGGGUUACCAUCUGGGUUCACUAUGAUUGGCGAUAGAAGGUUUGGGCUGUCUUGUGAAUCAUUUGAUAUCGGCGAGGACUAACAGUUUAUAGAUAUAUCCUGCGACCAGAAGCCAUUGAAUCUGUGUUCAUAAUGUGGGUCAGGCAUCUCUUUUAAAAUAUAGUCUCUCUAACAUACGGUAAGGUAUCGUGUGUCAGCCGACUCAAAGUGGCAAGAUAAGGGGUGGAAGAUGUUCGAAAGCAUUGUUAAUGCCACACAAACAGAGGUUGCAUAUUCCGCAAUCGCAGGUAAGUCUUCUAAGAUGCUAUUUUUUUGGAGACUGCUCAGUGACUGGAAUCACUCGCCCUAGACGUAACAAGGGCUCGUGGAGAUCCUCAAUUUCUUCAGCUAGAUUCUCAAGAAUCGUUCUUUAACGCCGAGACACUCAAGUAGGCUCACCCCCGUGCACAAGAUUCUCACUGCUACCAUCUUAACACAUCUUAGAUACUUUUACCUCCUGUUCAGUGAUCCAGGCCUUAUCUCUUUGUAAGUUUUUCCAACUAUAGCUAUAUUUCCAAUUUUAAUUCUAACAAUCUAACCACUCUGUAGGGAUGAAUACGUCUUGUGAGCGCCACCUAGGUUCGGGAGAUGGCUCCACGAAAUAUAUACUGACUUUGAUGCAGUAACACCGAGGCCCACCCACUUGCCCAGCCGAAAAAGAAGUCGACUUAGUGGCUCACCAUAGAUCCUAACGUAGGUUAGUUGCCUGGCUAUGUGGGAAGUGGAGGGGAAGAGAGAAUAGCCACAAGUUUUGAUUGGGUGUUUUCGUAUGAUACGCUACUUUUGAUAUUUACGUCCUCUGCUUCAUGGGGUUUUUAUAUCCUUUUUUUUGUGUGUGGGUUUCGUUCGAGCCGUGAGAAAGGGGAGAGAGAGAGAACAAAAGAACAAAGGGCUAUCCAAUUCCGGUGACGAUGGCGACCAAGUGCUGGUUUGAUCCCGUACAUAGCCGUAAAAUAAAUACCUCUCUCGGGGGAAAUGUGGACAAAAUAUUUCACUUUUG